GGCGGGGCUACAAGGCAGGAAGUGACGCUGGGCUGUGGCGCGGGCAGACGAGCAGGAGAGGCGGCGGCACGUGGGGAUGUUGCGAGAGCUGGAGACGUGCGCGCGGCGGCUCCUGGUGUGUGAGAAAUCUAACUUCCAGAACCGCAGCUCCCGCCACCGCCAGCAAGUGACCGGCCAUCACUACAACUGUCAGGUCUCCAUUUUAAUCCCAGAAUGUGGGUUGCUUCCUCCGGGAGUCGAUGCCUUAACCAGAGGUUUAGGAGACUAUUAUCUGGUGAAGACAUUACCGGUUUAUGAAAUGAUUGAGUUUGAGUUCAUCAACACGUUUGUUAAGAAAGGGGGAAUUUACGCACUCUCCUACAACACCAGAAUAGACCAGAACAACACAAUAGCUCUACUGCCGACAGGAAAGUUAAUUUUAUCCGUUGACAAGGAUACGUAUGAAGAGCUUGGGCUGGAAGGACGACCCUCGCAGUAUUCACACAGGAAGACGAUGAGACACAUUAUUACUGUUGACCUGAGUGAUGCCAAUUUUGUUCCUGGUAAAAAGAGAUACAACCGAGUAAUGUGGGCACUGAAGGAGAAAAAGCCUCUAACAUUUGACUUUCUGAUGGCCUGGCAGCCCACAGAUCCAGAUGGAGAAGGUGUCAAUUUGCAGUCUUAUUUCAUGAAGUACCAGUGCAAGGUUCAUCGGCCAACAGUGUCUGUCAGGGUAGUAAAGGACACUGAUUGUCCUGUUCUGCUGAGUAAUGAAAUGGAAGGGAAGUUGGGGGAAUCCUGUGGGUCUGAGGAGUUGUUUGACUGGCUCGGUGGUAUCUUCAGCCACGUGAAUUGCAAAAACCAAGCAGACAGCUUCCUCUCGACCUACUGCUCGCCUGAGCCUAACACAGUCCUGGAAAAGGCAUGUCUCUGUACCGUCACUGGCUUCAUCCUCCCUCAAAGAAUAAACCAGCUACUGGAACAGCUCCGACAUUAUUUUGAUGAGCCCAAGUUGACCCAGUGGGUUACUAUGACUGUACAUGGCUUUGCAGAUAGCCCAGUUUCAUGGGGAGAAUGUGAACAUGGAUACCACAAGGGAGGAGAGAACCUCUACAAUUUUGUUGUAUUUAAUAACCAGGACUAUUGGCUGCAAAUGGCGGUGGGAACAAACAGUGGCUGCCCUCCUUAGUAUUUUAAGUUCAAUGUAGUUUUGGGUGUGUUGAGAAUUUAAGAACUGCAAAACCUCAAUAAAAGUCUAUUCACCAGCA